AUGGCGGAUAAGGAUACUUUCUUAACCACCACAAGGCAGGAAUACAAAUGGCCUUACGCGAAGCCGAUAGUUGCAGGACCCUCCCAACCACCCAUUACAACAAAGCCCAAUAACCAUUAUGUAGCACAGUUAGUUGAACCGUACUGCCACUGCGAUGCACAUCUUUACGAACCUGAAAUGGGUAGGUACAAAAAAUUGGCCAACAAAGAAAAACGCUUGUAUCAGGAGUUAGACGAACUCAACAAAGAGAUGGCUACCUUAGCUGGUGGAAUCAUUGACCACCCCUGCGACAACGAUGACAUCAAAAUGGAAACCAUCUACCAAACCGACUACAUCAAAAGAGGAUUGCCUUUGGCGUCUUACAGGAAACUGAUGCCUGCGAUAGAUUCCCCAACUGGUGUACCAGUUAAAGGGGAGACCGUCGGUCUGGGCAGUGGUUACAGAGAUCCAACGAAAUUCAGAUACAGUGCGUUCACAAAGCCGAUGGUUAAUGUCUGUCCUCAAGUCACGUUCACAAGAACUCCGACUCUGGUUGACGAAUGGUUCGCUCCAAGAACUGGUACAACAGAGUAUCAUGACAAUAUCAGCAACAUGGCCAUGAACAUAUUGAAGAGCACUCAACAAUAUGCCGAACCUUUACCUUCAUCCAGGCGAAAACGAGGGGAUUUGUGUACAUAA